AUGGAUAAAGAAAGUUGUUCUCCCGAUUCGGAAAGAAGAGAUAAAUCAGCAUUUUUGGAUGCCGCCCGAGCUUUAGAUCCAUCAAGUUUGUUUGCUUAUUGGCCAAGAGUUCCAGGAAGGAGUUCAUACGGAACCUCUGGAAACAAUGUCAACGUUCCUAAUUCUGCAGCUUAUGGUAAUACACUAAGCGUUGCUGCAAGUCAAGCAGCCAGUCUCGGUAUUAAUCCAGCAAGUGCCGCUUGGUGGACUGUAGCCUCUCAUUUAGCCGCUCAGGAUUAUUUAGCUCGGCUACAUGGCAUGAGUUUUGCCAAUCUGCCUGGAGCAGAAGCACUUUAUCCAAAUUUUUUACUCACUCCUCCGAGUCAUAACGCUACGUUGUCUGGAAAAUCUUCCAAAUCGAAUUCUACCUCAACGUUAUCGUCUUCGAGUACAAAAAGCCAAAUCUCAUCUAGUUAUACUGGUUCAGAAAAAGAAAAAGAAAAUUGGACUUCGAGUGAAAAAGUUAGAGAUAGGGAUAAGGAAAAAGAAAGAGACAGAGAUAGGGAAAGAGAUAAAGAAAAAAGUCGGGAAAGAGAAAGAGAAAAAGGGGAGAGGAAUAAAGAUAAUAGUAGUAGUAGUAGUUAUAGUAAAAAUUCUGUUUCUGGUUCUUCGACAAGUAAAUCAGAUCAUUUAGCCAGUAUUGCUGCUUUAGCCAACUCGGGCACAAGUGUGUCUCCUUUUCCGCCUCAAGCUCAUUCAAGUGCAAACGAUUCCACGGGAGUGUUAGGAGGAGUGCGUCUACCGCCCGACACCGAAAUUAUUAAAUAUACAUCUUCGAUAGGAGGACCGAAAAUUCCGGGGACUACAAAUAGAGGAAGGAAAAAAACUAUAUCUUUAGAUCCUCCAAGUGUAUCUGUGAUGCCAACGCAUAGUUCGACUGGAAUUCCAAUUGAUCUUGGUCCACCAUUUAAAACUCAGACUCUCACCGAUCCAGAUGGUGCAGAUCACGUUGAAGUUAUAAAACUUCCCGCGCAUUCAUCGAGUAACGGAAUCGUUUCGGUUGAGCCUUGCAGUGAAGGUCCUCUUAAUUUGUGUACAAAAUCUCGUAACAAAGAUGAAGUUAUCAUAGAAAAAGAUAGAAUUUGUGAAAAACCCGUACCUAAACAAAGGCGACUUCCAACAAACGAACCAAAUCCAAUAACUUCUUUGUCAGCCAUGUCUCAACUUUUCUCAUCCGAAAAUACUUCGCCUGCUGGUGUUGACGAGGAUGUUGAAACCGACGGGCGACCGAGAAAUUUGGGACGCGGAGUAUCCAAACCGAAAAAAAAUACCGUAGCAUCUUUGCUUGCUCAAAGUAGAGCUUUGGGCCUCAAAGGUUCUUUGCCCGUAGAUUUUGCAACCCAAUUAGCAUCAUUAAAUCCUUCUCUACCUCCAGAUUUAUCUAGCCAAUUAGCUUUACUACAAAAUUUCCAGGCAACUAUGGAGGAGGAACCAAUCGAAAAACGAUCUCAAACUCCAGAAAAUACAGCACCAGUUUUCGACGAAAAAAAUAGAGUUAAAACGAGUGAAGAUGGUAGUUUUACAACCGAUUCGGCAUCAACCGGAGGAAGCGAUUCCGAGUCGGAAAAUGGUAACAAAGUAUCGAAAACGAAAAAAGAUGUGAAAAAAGACGUCACCGUACCGGAAAGUAUUAAAUUGCCCGGAGAUAAAAAUUUUCCGACGGUAAAAAUCAAAGAUGAGUACAAGGAAAGAAAAUCUCCACAGGCUACCCUAGUGGAUGAACAAAUUUUGUUCACGAAAGAAAUAAAUAAGCAAAAGGAAUUAUUGUAUGCCGUCGAAUUAGAAAAAGAAAGAAGACGACAACACAUGAUUCUGGUGAGAGCUUUGGAAGCCAGAAAGAAAAUCGAAGAGAGAGAAAGGAAAAGGAUCGAGCUACGAGCUGAAAAAUUAGCAAAACACGAAAAAAAAUUGGAACAAAGAAAAAUCGAAUUGGAAUUAUUAAAAGAAUUGAGGAGGCCGACCGAAGACAUGGAACUGGACGAUUUAAAACCGUUUCCCGAACUCGACAGAAUUCCCGGAUUGAAAUUAUCUGGUCAAGCUUUUGCCGACACUCUUAUGGUUUUCGAAUUUUUACAUAAUUUUGGUGAAACUUUAGGAUUCGAUAUGGAUAGCUUACCGACGUUGAGUAACCUUCAGGGAGCUCUUCUCAACGAUGAAGAAAACGAAGAAGAAUUGUUGUCGAUAAUGACGCAUUUGUUGGUUUGCGCCAUAGAAGAUCCCGGAAUUCCAAAUCCUGCAAGACACAUAACGCUAUUAGGUCAAAGUUUAAAACAAGCCGACAUAACGCAUACGAACAUAUCAGAAAUAUUAAGAAUAUAUUUGUAUGCGAACGCGACGGGAGAAGUCAAAGCUUUGACAGGUUUAAAUUUUGAAAGAGAUCGGGAAAAAAAAAUUUCCGAACAUCAUAAUUUAUACGGGGAAGAAGCGCUCAAUCAAAACUUUGGUAAAAAUGCGGCUUUUUUUGAAAAUUUACACGAAAACGCGACGUAUAAACUGUCGGAAGAAUUGAAAGAAAAACCGUUUCUCGCUUUAAAUCCCACUACGAAAAGUGCUAUCUUAGCUUUUAUUUGUAACGAACUCCUACAAAAUAAAGCCGUGCUUCGACAAAUAGAAGGAAGUUUAGAAACUGUGAUAUUAUCAAGGAGAGAAAGAUGGGUUUUGGAUCAAAGUAUUAGAAAAUUAAGGUGUUUACACGAUCGACAAAUAAAAUAUUCAAUUAAUUUUAAAGAAAAAGAUAAUUUAAUGAACGUUAAUUCUCAUGUAAAUCCGUCUACGACUGCCUUUAAAGAAAAAACAACGGAUGGUGUGGAUAGCGAUGUCGAAAGUUCGGUUGAAUCCGAUCACGAAUCGGAAAUGACGCAACCUGAAGAAGAUGAUCAGCAACAAAAUUUAAAUACGGAAGAAGUAACUAAAAGAUUGGAAAAAUUGUUGAAGCAACAGGAAAAUCAAAUAAACAAUUUGAAAAUAUCGAAUCAACAAAUCAGAGCCAUGUGUUUGGGUCAAGAUAGGUUUUGGAGAAGGUAUUGGUGUUUGCCCAAGUGCGGUUCAAUAUUUAUAGAAGGCAUGGAAAGCGCUCAACCGGAUGAAUUUAGCGACGGGGAAGAAGAAAAGAUGCAAUUAACACACACUGAAGAAAAUCAAUCCAAGCCUACGGAUUCAUCCGAAAUGAAUGACAACGGGAAGAGUGAUAACGAAGAGAAAAAUUUAAAAGCAGACGAUGUGAAUAAAAAUUCAAGUGGUUCGAAUAAAAGAAAACCCAACAAACGUAAAGGAGGAAAACCUUCGGAAUGUAGGCAAAUUAAAAAGAACAAAAUUGACCAAAGUGAAAACAGCGAAAGCGACGUUUCGGAUAACGAAAAAAUGAAUGAAGAAAUAGAAGAAGAUAGUAAUAUGAGUGAAGUGAAUAACGAUGAUAAUGAUAAUAAAUUGGAAAACGCAAACAACGAAUGCUGCGACAUUCAAAAAUGUUCCGAUGUGGAAAUGACGGAAACUAAAAUUAAACAGGAAGAUUCUGUGGAAAAAGAAACCAACGUUCAAAAUACAGGUGAAAACGAUGGGAAAACAACGGAGGAAAAUGAGAAAAUAAAAACGGAGGAAGUUGAAGAGUCUGACGUAAAAAAACUUGAUAAAAAGGAAGAAGAAAAUGAAGUGAAAAUUGAAAAAAUGGACUGCGACGAUCAGGGAGAAGAAUCGAUUAAUCUUAAAAUAAAAAGCGAAAUCGAACCGGAUAAAAACGAAGACAAAUCAACGGUGAUUGAGUCUUCUACGAAAGAAGCAGAAGACGGGGAAAAAAUUAAAACGGAAGAAUCAAACGGUUUAAAUUGCACCAAAGAACAUUUGGACACCGUUAACAAAUGUUCGAAUAAUGAAUUACACGUUAAAGAAAUUGUAAAUAAAUGCAAAUACGAAGAUGAUCCCCUAAUGCAAGCGAUGAAAAAAGAAUUAUCGAGCAGAAUAUUUGGAUCCCCGAGUAAUUCUAUCAAAAAGGAAGAAUUCGAAGAUCCCAACAAUUAUAGAAAUUCACUGAGUCCGCUCAUUGCCGAUGAAAAAUUUCUCAAUUUCGGAAACAACUUGAAAGAAAACGAAACGGAUUAUCAAUGGUUUAGUAUUAUACCUAAAGAAUCAUGCGAUCCGAGAUCUCAAAUGCUGAAUAAAUCCGACAGCCACAAAUUACCCUUACCGAUAAAUGUUCGGGCAAGAACGGGAUUACCCCCAUCUCCGGGUCCUCUCCCCUUAUGCGACAGUCCCGCUCCGUUAAUUCUUUCACACGAAGAAGCAACCAUGUUGGAAAUAUUAAAAACAUCCGGUCCGAAACCUCCUCCCGUACGGAAACCGAUACCCAAACACGUACGAAGGGGUUGGUGGCGCGUGAAUGACGAAGAUCAAUUAUUUCACAUAUUAGAAUGUUUGCAUACUCGAGGGAUUAGGGAAAAAGAAUUGAAAAGAAUUUUAACGAGGUAUUUAGAAGACAAUGUAGAAAUAGGAGGAAAGGUGAGAAAUGAUCUAGUAGAUUUAGAUGGAUCGGGUGAUUUUAACGACAGGGUACAGUUUUUAGAUGAUGGUGCGCCGGCAAAGGACGAGCCACACUCUUGGGAUCCGCAAGUUUUCGAAAGGGUUGACAAUUUGAUGUUGGAACAAAUGGAAAAUUUGGAAGACAAAGUUGCCAGCGCUUCCAUGCAGGUCAAAGGUUGGAGAAUUCCCAAUCGCGCAAGCGAUGUACCUAACGAGGGAAAUUCAAAAAAAUGUAAAACUGAACCGAUAGACAUUGCAAAACAAAGAUUAAUUUCAUUGGAAUCCGCCAUUGAAAGACGUUAUUUAAAACCUCCUUUGGGAUUUUCAACGGGUGAAGGCGGGAUCGGAAUACAAGCCGAUCAAGAUGAAUCAAUUCCCAAGGGUUUGGGAAUAUGGAGAGAUGCAGUUUUGAAAUCUCAUACGGCAGCUCAAUUGUCCAUGGCUCUCUACAUGCUCGAAUCCUGCAUUGCUUGGGAUAAAAGUAUUAUGAAAGCGAAUUGUCAAUUUUGUCAAAGUGGAGACAACGAAGACAAACUCUUGCUGUGCGAUGGUUGUGAUCGAGGUUACCACAUGUAUUGCUUUAAACCGAAAAUGGAGAGCAUUCCCGACGGUGACUGGUAUUGUCACGAGUGUAAAAAUAAAUCUAACGGAGAAAAAAAUUGCAUUGUGUGCGGGAAACGACCGAUUAAAAAUUACGUAAUAUGCGAACAUUGUCCCAGGAUAUACCACAUAGAAUGUUUAAAUCCUCCUUUAUCAAAAGUUCCACGAGCUAAAUGGAAUUGCGUAACCUGUGCCAUUAAAUAUCCUAAAAAAAAAUGCGGUCGUAAAGUGGGUUGGAGAAAAAGCCGAGAAUCAAAGCACAAGGAGGAUAGAGAUCAUCGCGAUCAAAACAACAGUCCGAUACCAAGCGCAACAUGUUCAGAUUCAGCGGUUAGCGACGAACCCCCUCCCCUAUCACCUCAACAACCGACAGGAGUAACAAUAAAAAAAGAAAGGCUUAGCAAAAAAUUAUGUAAAGAGCUAAAUGCUUGCAAGACAAUAGUUGAAGAAAUGGAACUUCAAGAUGAAGCGUGGCCAUUUUUACUUCCCGUUAAUACAAAACAAUUUCCAACGUAUAAAAAAAUAAUAAAAUGUCCGAUGGACAUAUCAACGAUAAAAAAACGUCUCACAGAUGGAAUGUACAAAACAAAGGAAGAAUUCGUUUACGACGUGAGACAAAUAUUUAACAAUUGCGAAACAUUUAACGAAGAUGAUUCUCCCGUUGGAAAAGCCGGUCACGCAAUGAGAUCCUUUUUCGAAACAAAAUGGGGAGAAUUGACGAAUCAAAAAUCGACUCCAUGACCACCGGCUUAAUUGUCCCUUCCCUUUUUUUAGGCUAUCAUUACUUAAAC